AUGGGGCCAGUGCUCACCGGACGGUCAUCGCUCAACAUUUCAUUUACUGACGAAGAUGUUGCUGGAUUGCCACGUAUUAUCCAGAAGUACUUAGGGGGCGAAGUGACAUUCUUCCACAGUCGAAUUCUUGAUGCCGAUACCAGUUUGCCCGUGGCAGGGGCUUCUCUGAACGUGUGGCAGUGCGCGGUCAACGGGUUGUAUGACCAACAAGACCCAGAUCAGCCGUCGGGGAACAUGCGCGGCCUUUUCACAUCCGAUGCAAACGGCCAAUAUGCAUUUUACUGCAUCAAGCCGGUUCCCUAUCCCGUUCCCUACGACGGACCCGCAGGCGAUAUUCUCAAACUGAUGGAUCGCCACCCUUACCGAGCCCACAUUCACUUCCUGGUCACGAGCGACUCUUACAAUCGCUUGAUCACACAAGUAUUUCCCGAUGAUGACACUUAUCUCGACUCCGACUCGGUAUAUGCAGUCAAGUCAGAUUUGCUUCUUCAAUUCAAGCCUUACACCUCAGACUCACCGCGAAUUAAUAUUCCACGUCUAAGACGCGAAAGGCGUGCGAGUGAGGGACGAGGACGAACUGCGCGGGCCUGCGACACAUGCCGCCAGCGCAAAAUGAAAUGUGAUGGCAAAAAGCCUGUAUGCGCCCAGUGCCAUGCUCAGGGUCUAACGACAUGCGAUUAUUCUGAGGCGAAGCUCGUUAGAGAGCGGAAGCAGCUAGAGUUGGCUCAACUGAAAAUUGGAGCCUACGAGGACUUGCUUCGGAAUAUCGCUCAAAGAGCGGACACCUCUACUGCGAAACAAAUUACAAGCACCCUUGAAGCCUAUACAACAGGGAGCGAACACCGGAAUUGUUCUUCAAAUGUUUCAUUUUCGUCUAUCGAUUCUCUGGACAAUAUUGAUACGGUGGGUGAAGACCUCAAUCGCAGCAAAGAAAGUAGGGCUACAGGAUACAUGGGGAAGGAUUCUGAAAUUGCGUGGAUGCAACGGCUGGAGUCGAAUACUACAAGCCAGAGCGACAACCCGGAUUCUUUAGAAAAACCAUUGAAAGAAUGGCCUCCUGUUAAUGACUCCAUCGUCCCAGUGAACUAUCGUCUUGACCAUCAUCAUUUGUCCGACCCCGAAGUGAGGAAUGCUUUCGUCCUACCACCGAAAGCGCUGGCAGAUCAUCUACUCCAAAUUUAUCGCACUAACGUCGACAUUUCUUUCCCAAUCAUCCGAUGGGGAUUAUUCAUGGAUCAGUAUCGCCGCCUAUUCUCAGGGAGCUUGAUAAAUCCCGGGAGGAGGUGGUUGGCUGUCUUUAACAUGGUCCUUGCUAUUGGCAGGAACUUUUGCCGAGUCUCCAAACAAGAUCUGCAGGUUUACGCCGAUGACGACGUGUUCUUUGCUCGAGCGAAAUCCCUGAACAUUUCGGAGACUGUUCUCUUUGGCUACGAAGAUCUGCAACAAGUGCAGGUCGAGACGCUUAUGACGUUAUACUUCCUAACUGUUUCUCGGGUUAACAGAACGAACAACAUAUUUGAUGCGGAAGCAACCGAAGCGCGGAAGCGGCUAUGGUGGUCGAUCUUUUACCUGGAACAUCUGCUCUCUGCCAUGACUGGCCGAGCCUCUUGCCUUGGAGAUGGUUCCUGCUCUGCACCUCCACCGCUACCCUUUGAACACUCGGAAUAUGAGUUUUCUGAUGUCGGUCAGUGGGGUGAUGGCCGAUUAGCUCAUGCCGGCGAUAUGCAAUGGACGAUCUUCCAGAGCGACGAACAGAUCGAAGCCCAACAUACGUCCUUGAAGUCUAUGCAGCCCAGCGCGUCUCUCUACUUCUUCUAUCUGGUAGACCUCGCUUUUAUCACGCACUCCAUUACCAAUCGGGAGCACAGUACGAGCAUCUUUCGAGAUGGUUGGAUUCAGAUCGAAAGCCGCAUUGAGAUUUACACUCAAAAGCUAGAUCAAUGGGUAUCUGGCUUACACGCUUCCUUGGCUUUUGAAGACAAGCAUGGUAAUCAACACCCCAGGAGCAGAUCAUAUUAUCAGGUCUCGUUAGCAUUGCACUAUUACAGCGCUCGUGUUGUCCUCAAUCGGCAUUGUCUUACACGCCCAGAAACCGCUGGAAAGAGCGGCAUCAAUCUUCCACGAUCCCAGUUUUACGACAAAACCUCUUCGGCCUUUCUUCGUGCAUCUUUGGCGCUCAUCGCUGUUCUACCAGAUCAACCAGAUACGGUUUGGGCCUACAAUGUCGCCCCAUGGUGGGGGUUCCUGCAUUUUCUAAUGCAAGCCACUAUAGCCUGCCUUAUACAUUUUUCGGUUCUCUCAGUGCCAGCGAGUGUCGAGACUGAGGAAGGCGCUCCCGGGUCUGUGGAAACGCCUGAAGUUGUUCUUGCUGCGACGAAAAAAGCGCUCCACUGGCUGUAUUGCCUUGGGAAAUCUGAUGAGGCCGCUCGUCGAGCUUUUCUGCUUUGCAACAAUUGCAUUCGCCGUAUAGCCUCUAGCAAAGGCCUGGAUUUGAGUGAAGCUGAAUGCAUAAAGCGCGAUAAUGUGAAAGACUUUAUCAGAUGGUCAUUAUUCGGACCUGACCAUAUUCUCGAGCAAGACCAGCAGCAUGAAGAGGAAAUCGAGACCUACACAGUAGAAAUUGAGAAGCUGAUUGGACGAAAAUUGUCACCGGGCAGGAUGGAUGUGAAAGGCCUAGGACGGCUUUUGAAUGAAGCAGGGGGUUCACAUCGAAGUCUGCUAUGGUACAGUUGCAUUUCCGUGGUUGAUACCAUAACGUACUGCAGGAUGUUAUACAAUGGAUUCCACUUCUAUCGCAAUUCGUUCUCGCGAUUCUUUACCGUCUUUCCAUUUCGCCCUGUCACAAUAUUCACGUCUUACCGAUCACCGGUGCGGCAUCUCACAUACUGGCAUCGACGACAUACAUCCAAGACACAGCUACCCGUACUAUUCAUACAUGGUAUCGGGAUUGGCAUGUACCCUUACGCAGGCUUCCUGCGAGAGUUAAACGAGCAACUACAGGCAGACGCCACCGACGAUGGUGAGAUCGGCAUCAUCGCACUUGAAAUCAUGGCAGUAAGCUCUCGGAUAACCAAUCCUGCUCUCGAAAAGGAGGUGAUGAUUUCUGAGAUCAUGGAAAUCAUGCGGUAUCACGGAUGGGACAAGAUCGUGCUUGUGUCUCAUUCUUAUGGUUCCGUAAUCGCUACACACCUUCUCAAGUCUGAUCGGUUCGCUCCGCUCAUCGGGCCUGCGGUCUUCAUUGAUCCGGUGUCAUUCCUUCUCCAUCUGCCUGACGUGGCAUACAACUUCAUAGCCCGCCAACCAGCGCGGGCCAAUGAAUAUCAGCUAUGGUAUUUCGGAAGUCAAGACAUUGGAGUUGCGCAUACGUUAGCAAGGAGAUUCUCUUGGGUUGACAAUAUUAUUUGGAAGGAGGAGCUCGGGGUGAAGGUGGAAAAAGAUCAAAAGGGUAGAAAUGUUACAGUUGUUUUGAGUGGUAAAGAUUUGAUUGUGGACACCGAAACCGUGGGGCAGUACUUGAUGGGUUCAUCAGAGGUCUGGACAGUUGACAAGGAAGCAGCACAAGCAUGGAAAAUCAGGCCCUGGAUUGGGUGCGGACUUGAGACGCUGUGGUUUGAAGACUUGGAUCAUGCUCAGGUUUUUGAUUCUGAGACUACCAGGCGGCCGGUCAUCAAGGCGAUCUCUGUAUACUCAAAGACCGACUGA